AUGAGCGAUACUGUGAUGAAUCUUGAAGAAGCUGGUGGAGAGACAUGGAGCAAUAUGGUUCUGAAAAAGCUUCUUCGACCAGCAAGGUACUUCGACCCACCCGAUGAACCUGGUUUAACGACUGAUUCUUCUUCUUGCGAGGAGCAAGAAGAAGACACGAAGCCUCCUAGGAAGCGUUGCUUUAUAUGCGCUAGUUUCGAGCACGUCGGGGAACAGUGUUCAAUGGGACACGACUCUUGUCCUAACGACGGGUCCGUUUGCUUAAGAUGUGGAGAGAUGGGACAUGACAUGUCUUUGUGCAAGUACGAAUACUCUGUGGAUGAUCUCAAGGAUGUACGGUGUUAUGUCUGUAAUGGCUUUGGCCACAUGUGCUGUGGGGAGGCGGCGCUCUCGGAAUCGUCGUGGGCUGUCUCUUGUUACAAAUGUGGUAAAGCGGGUCAUGUUGGACUGGGGUGUGGUAGGCACUACGAGGAACCCUCCACGUGUUGGGGGAAAAGGCAUUGCUCGAGUAGAUUAGCUGAGAAGAAAAGGAAACGUCUUGCCAAGGCUCUUGCUACUUCUGCAGCCAUUCGGGAGAGGCUUGAGAAGAAGAAGCUGAUGAUACUGGAAGAACAAGAGCACCCUUCCAACGGGAAGAGUGAUGCAAACUUUGAAGAGGGUUCUACUUCCCACGAACCUAACGGGAAGAAGAAUGAUGGAAACUCAGAACAACAACAUUGUACUCUUGAUGGGAAGACGAUGAAGGAUAGUGUUGAGUUGGAACAGGAAGAUGAAUCUAAUGAUAGAAGCGUUUGGACAAAAGAGGGUUCGGUCUUUGGAAAGCAUCAGGAGGCUGAGUUAUCCCCCCAUUACACCAUCAGGUCAUAA